GUUCAGGUCAAACUUCUUCCAUUUCAUACCUUCAACUUAUCUCCGAUCUUUUGAGGAGUAAGUGAAAAGAUGCAGAUUAUUACCAUAAAGAGGACUAGCAAUAUUCGCCCUGCUCGAGAUACACCAGCCAAGCGCUUAUGGAUGUCUAGAUUGGACCUGAGAACGAUGCCAAGGAAUCAUGUGCCAGCUUUGUUCUUCUACAGACCAAAUGGCUCCCCUGAUUUCUUCCAAGCCCAAGUGCUCAAGGAAGCUUUAAGCAAUGUUCUGGUCCCAUUUUACCCCAUGGCCGGAAGGCUGGGGAGAGAUGAGAGCGGGAGAAUUGAGAUAAUAUGCAACGCCGAGGGGGUCUUAUUCAUAGAAGCUGAAGCUGAUGGCGUUCUCGACGACUUGCGCGAUUUUGCACCAAGCCCACAACUUCAACAAUUAGUUCCAACAGUUGAUUACUCCGGAGAUAUCUCCUCUUAUCCGCUUCUUCUGAUACAGGUGACUACUUUCAAAUGCGGAGGAAUCUCCCUUGGUGUUUGCAAUCAUCAUAUUUUGGCAGAUGGGUCAUCAGGAUUCCACUUCAUCAACAGCUGGUCUGACAUGGCUCGAGGUCAUUCCCUUAGCAUUUUGCCUUUCAUUGACCGUACCAUCCUGCAGUCCUUGAUGCUACCAGCUCCUACAUACCACCACAUUGAAUUUGAUCCACCUCCUUCUAUGAACACUCCCAUCUCAAGUCUUAGAAGCGCAUCUUUAUUCAAGAUCACAAAAGAUCAGCUCAACAACCUAAGAGUCAAGUCCAACAAGAGUGGAGACACUGCAAGUUAUAGUAGUUACAGUAUCCUAGCUGCACAUAUAUGGCGCUGUGUGAGCAAAGCACGAAGCCUCUCAGAUGAUCAACCAACAAAGUUAUUUGUUCCAGUUGAUGGAAGGACCAGAUUGCAUCCUCGCCUCCCACCAGGCUACUUUGGCAAUGCUAUCUUCAUUGCUUCAACAAUUGCUCUAUCUGGCGAUCUGCUGUCAGAACCAUUCUCAAAUACAGUGGAAAGAAUACACAAAGCAAUAAAGCAGUUAGAUGAUGCAUACCUCAAAUCAACUCUUACCUACAUCGAGAAAGUGCCUUCAAAACACAUGGUUUCUCCGGGAGAAAAUAACCUCCAAUGCCCAAACCUUUUUAUCAAUAGCUGGUGGAGGUUACCCAUACAUGAUGCAGAUUUUGGGUGGGGUCGUCCGAUUUUCAUGGGAACGGCAACAAUAGGUGAAGGAAUGUCAUAUAUACUACCAAGUCUAACAGAUGAUGGUAGUUUGACAUUGAUGAUAGGCUUAGAGACCUCACACAUGAAGCUUUUUCAAAAGCUCAUUUAUAAGUUGUAGCUAAUGAUACUUCAUGGCUUCCUAACUAAGUGGGUACAUUUUCUAAGUAAUAAAGGAGAGUUACUUGUUCUGCAGAAUGAAUUGUAUUAAAUUAG